GGGCUACAUUUGGAGUAGGCUACAUGUAUAUUAUCAGCCUAUUAGGUUAUGUUUGGUGAUUGUCAUAGUCAGACACAAGGAAAUUAAUUUUGUGACAAUCGCCUUAAGGUGAAACAAUGGCAAGUACUAUUUAUUUUAAAACAGAACCGUAUAUACACAGAUAAUUGAUUUAAGAAAGUGAGACGUGUUUCAACAUCAUCGCAUAACAUCUAGCCUGCCUCGAUGCAUAGACUGCUGCCUAGGGGAGUCAAUUAAAUAAACCCUGCUGAACGAAUGCAGACUACAGAUGAGUCCUAUAUGUCGUUCGCGAAUUAACGCCCGACUCGAUGUAGUGAACGAAUCUUUAUGGUUAAGGGAAUCGAAGACUUGGAGUCCCUCACACGAAGUGACAGUCGCUAUUUCCACUGAUGCGUUAAAAGAUAUUUGCACUCUUGUGCGAACAUCCAACAACAAGCUAACUUUACUGUGGUACCUCACCGUCUGCUGACCAGAAAAACAGUGAGCCUUCUGACAACGUGAUCAAAGCAGAACUUGGACUUGGACGUCAGACAUCUCAGGUAUGAGGUGGAAGUCUUGGGUGCCGUUAUCAACUGUGAAGGCUUCAACAACUGGAAAUACAGGCUCCAUGCGUUACACAAGACAUAGAUACCCGACAGAGGAGACCGCCCUGUCUCACACUGGGCCCCAAGGCCACACCAAUCCCCAAGACCAGUAUGAGAGAAUUGGAGGCAGAGCCGGAUGUUCGUUCACACAGACAUUAAUCCACCUACUCAAGGGUAAUAUUGGCACAGGGCUUCUUGGCUUGCCACUGUCUGUCAAGUAUUCUGGACUGGUGUUAGGUCCAAUAAGCCUUGUGAUAAUGGGGAUCAUUGCUGUCCAUUGUAUGGACCUCCUCGUUAAAUGCUCUCAUCAUCUUGGUGCUAAGAAGGGAAAACCAUUUCUGACUUAUGGAGAGGCUAUGGAAUACAGUAUGGAGAAUGUUUCUUGGAUGUGCAAGCACUCAAUUUAUGGAAGGAGGUUUAUUAACUUGUUCUUGAUCAUCACCCAACUAGGCUUCUGCUGUGUCUACAUUGUAUUCCUAAGUGAAAAUAUCAAACAGGUCAUUGAGGCAGUCAACGGGACCACAGUGAACUGUCAGAACAACCAGACAACCCUUAUUGUGUCCAGCUUUGACUCCCGCCUCUACAUGCUCUGUUUCCUACCUUUCAUCAUUCUACUGGUGUUCAUACGGAAGCUCAAGCACCUGGCACCAUGGUCCUUGGUGGCUAACUUUGCCAUGUGUGGCAGUGCUGUCGUGAUUUUUUGGUACUCCCUAACUAACAUCCAAUAUCCAAUUUCACUACCAUAUGCUGGAAAGGCUGCAGAUUACCCUCUCUUCUUUGGUAUUGCAAUAUUUGCCUUUGAGGGAAUUGGAGUGGUACUUCCAUUGGAAAACAGAAUGCAGAGACCACAGACUUUCAGCAAGGUCCUCUAUUUGGGCAUGACACUUGUCACAUUGCUGUACUUAAGUUUGGGGACCAUUGGUUAUCUAUGUUUUGGGGAUCAAAUUGGACCAAGCAUUACUCUCAAUUUACCCAACUGCUGGUUGUACCACAUAGUCAAACUUCUGUAUUGUUUUGGGAUCUACAUCACGUAUGCUCUGCAGUUCUAUGUCGCAGCUGAAAUCCUGAUCCCCCCCGUAAUGGCCCACAUCCCACAGAGAUGGCAGUUUCCUGCUGACCUUACCAUCCGCACCUCCCUUGUCAUUCUAACCUGCGCCUUGGCUGUACUCAUCCCCGAGCUAGACCUGGUGAUCGCACUGGUGGGUUCAGUCAGCAGCAGCUUCUUGGCCCUCAUCCUCCCCCCCAUACUGCAGAUCCUGACAUUCCACAAUGAGGGUCUCCCCGCCUGGGUUCUGCUCAAGAACAUCACUAUCAGCCUGAUCGGCAUUGUGGGCUUUUCAGCUGGAACCUACAUCACCAUGAAUGAGAUUGUUAACCGUAGUUGCCCCAGAUACUCAAACAGCACCAUAUGCUAGAGAUCCUAAGGACCAGUGGCCGUGCCCAUCUUAAUGUUCAAAGGCUUAAGUCUUUGUAAGCAAAGUGUAUACAUUUUACUUGGUUUCUUGUCAUUUUAUGACUGGUUACUUCCGUUUCUAUACAUUUAAAAGCAUUUGACAGCAUAGGUAGAAAUGUUUAAAUGAAAAGCUUUAACAUUUAUGUUGUGCUCGUUGAUCUAGUCUGCUUGAUGGCUAUAUUUACUUGAUAAAAAUUUUUAAAAAUAUGGCUUUGGAAUUUAAUCUCUUCACUAAAAGUCGGUCAUUCCAGUGGUGAAAGAAAGGACACUGCUGCAAAAAGUGUGGUGAUCAUUAUCAUUAUCAGGAACCACUUUUUUCACUAUAUGAUUUGCAGUUAAAAUUCAUGAGACAAGGGGAAAUGGCUAUUGUUUGUUGUAAAAAAUUAGGUUGUAAUAUUACUCUAAUAAGAAUAGUCUAUUUGUAGAGUGCUUUUCUGUAUGGUGUUCAAAGUCCUUUACGAUAUAAAAGGUAUAGAUAAAUACAUUAAAUUCGAUAAAUACUGAAUACAACUGCAAUAUAAGCCAGAAACCCUGAUAAAAUUGUCAAAUUACUGGGAAAUUAUUCAAUAAAACUGGACUCUCGUCAUGAAUACCUUAUUCCCUCAUUUUAAAAUGUGUAGAGGGGAUGUUCAGGGGGUUAUUUGGAGAGUAUUCAAAAUAGACUACCCCUAUCAUUACACAUGGCUAUUAUGUAAAAGCACAUGUUGAAAGUAAUAAGUCACAUCUUUCUCUUGUACUGUACUUAAAGUCAGACUGAAAUUGCUUUGCUUAUAUUUUGUACUACCCUUGGUGGUAAAAUAAGCAGUGUCAGCUGUAUUAUCACAUCAUUUACAAUUUAUAAUUUUUUGUUUUGAAUUAUAGAAAUUGGUGUU